AUGCACUCCAAAAAUCUACAGGAGGAGAAGUCAAAAUUGACUCGUAUUGCUGUUGUCAAUGUUGACAGAUGUAAACCGAAUAAGUGUGCUUUGGAGUGCAGUAGGUGUUGUCCAGUCAAUCUUCAAGGAAAACUAUGCGUUGAAGUGAAAAAAACCUCUAAAUCUCCGACACUCUCCGAGGAACUUUGUAUUGGUUGUGGUUUAUGUGUGAAGAAAUGUCCAUUCAAUGCUAUUCAUAUUAUAAAUUUACCAUCAAAUCUUGAGAAGGAGACUGUUCAUCGUUAUGGACCUAACAGCUUUAAACUUCAUCGUUUACCUCUUCCACGUCCGGGUCAAGUUUUGGGUCUUGUUGGAGCUAAUGGUACAGGAAAAUCGACAGCCUUAUCUAUUUUAAAAGGAAAGAUUAAGCCAAAUCUUGGGCGUUAUCGCAACCCGCCAAGUUGGGAAGAAAUAUUACGUUACUUCCGUGGUUCUGAGCAUCAGGCGUACUUUCAACGGAUGCUGGAGGAAAAGGUACGUGUUCUUUUAAAACCUCAAUAUGUGGAUCAGAUUCCUAAAGCAACCAAAGGAGUUGUUGGUGAACUCCUUGCUAAAGCGGAUGAACGUGAAAUGAAAGAACAUUUUAUGAAGGUUCUUGAUUUGGGGAAUGUUGCUGAUCGUGAGCUUGAUAAAUUAUCUGGUGGUGAAUUACAACGUUUUGCAAUUGCAGCUUUAUGUGUUCAGGAAGCCACUGUUUAUAUGUUUGAUGAACCUUCUAGUUAUUUAGAUGUACGUCAACGCCUUACAGCUGCUCAAGUUAUUCGUUCCUUAUUAAAAGAAGAUAAUUAUGUGGUUGUUGUGGAGCAUGAUCUUUCCGCUCUUGAUUAUAUGUCAGAUUUUGUAUGUGUAUUGUAUGGUGUUCCUGGUGUUUAUGGUGUUGUUACAAUGCCUUACGGUGUUCGAGAGGGUAUAAACAUCUUUUUAGAUGGUUUCGUUCCAACCGAGAACUUACGUUUCCGUGAAGAAGGUUUGACCUUUCGUAUUGCUAAGGAUUUUGAUGAAGUUACUAAACAUACUACUGAAAAUUCUUAUCCUAAGAUGACCAAAAACUUGGGUGGAUUUACUCUUACAGUAGAACCAGGUUCAUUUUCUGAUUCUGAGAUUAUUGUAUUACUCGGUGAAAAUGGUUGUGGUAAAACUACUUUUAUUCGUAUGUUGGCAGGUCAACAAAAACCAGAUAAUGGUGCUGAAGUACCUGAACUUUCUAUCAGUUAUAAGCCACAAAAAAUUGCACCAAAAUUUCAAGGAACUGUAAAAGAUUUACUUCAAUCUAAAAUUUAUGAUGCUUUCUCUCAUCCUCAGUUUCAAACUGAUGUGCUAAAACCUUUAACAAUUGAAGAACUUCUUGACCAGGAGGUGCAAAAUCUUUCAGGAGGUCAAUUACAACGUGUUGGUUUGUGUAUUGCGCUUGGAACACCUGCAAAUAUCUAUCUGAUCGAUGAACCGAGUGCUUAUCUGGAUUCUGAUCAACGUAUUAUUGCCGCUCGUGUUAUCAAACGAUUUAUCAUGCACACUAAACGUACUGCCUUUAUUGUGGAGCACGAUUUUAUUAUGGCAACAUACUUGGCGGAUCGUGUUAUUGUCUAUGAUGGUACUCCCGCAGUGGAUUGCAGGGCUAACACACCGUGUGGUCUUUUAGAGGGAAUGAAUAAAUUUUUGAAGAGUCUGAACAUUACCUUCCGUCAUGAUCCCACAAACUUCCGUCCACGCAUCAAUAAGCUGGAUUCUGUGAAGGACCGCGAACAGAAGCAGGGUGGAAACUAUUUUUACAUGAUUGAAGAUAAUAACGAUGAUGAGGAAGAGGAUGAAGAAGACAAAAAGAAAAAGAAUAAAAAGAAGAAGUGA